AAAUAUCAAAAUUUUCUAGAAACAUACCGGAAAUUGCAAGAGAGAAAGGAAAAGAACUGCGCUGACGCAAUAUUUAUGUCUGUUUCAUGCCGAAUAUUCUUGUAAAUAUCACGAAAUUUGUAAUAUAGUUGUGUGAAAAACGUGGUGAUUAAUUUAAGAAAUAAUUCCAAAAAGCCAUCAUGACAGAAGACGAGGCGAUCUUUGAUCCAAGCAUCAAAAAGAAAAAAAAGAAGAAGAAGACGGCUUUUGAUAUUGACGCUGCCCUAGCUGAAGGUGAUUCCUCUGAAAUGUUUACAAACGGAGGUGGUGAAGAAACUGAGGCUCCGGCAGCCGCUGAAGAAGCCGAUGAUACCGCAGAUAUCGACCUGGAUUUCACCAAACAAAAGAAGAAGAAAAAGAAGAAGCCUUUUAGUACUGAGGAUUUGGAUGCUGCUUUGAGCGAGGUAAAAGAUGAAACGGGGGGCGGCGAAGGGGUGGGUCAAGAUGACGAAAUGAUGGACGACAAUUUCGAUUUAGACUUUAACAAGCUAAAGAAAAAGAAGAAGAGCAAGAAGACCAACGUGGAUGACAUCAUGGCAGACGUCGAUGAUAAAACAGAGGAUAAGGAGAAUGUCGACGAUAAUUCAGUAACAUGGACCGGAUCUGAUAGAGAUUACACAUAUGAGGAGCUGUUAAAUAGAGCCUUUGAAAUAAUGAGGGAUAAGAAUCCAGACAUGGCUGCUGGAAAGAAACAGAAGUUCGUCAUGAGACCACCGCAGGUGGUUAAAAUCGGUGCGAAAAAGACCUCAUUCGCCAACUUUACAGAAAUCUGCAAAAUGUUGCACAGACAGCCGAAACAUUUACUAGACUUCUUGUUGGCCGAGUUGGGUACGAGCGGGUCCGUCGACGGUAAUAGUCAACUGAUCAUCAAGGGUCGCUUCCAACAGAAACAAAUAGAAAAUGUGUUAAGAAGGUACAUUAAAGAAUACGUGACGUGUCACACGUGUAGAUCUCCAGACACCAUCCUGCAAAAAGACACGAGAUUGUUCUUCUUGCAGUGCGAAACCUGCGGGUCCAGGUGUUCAGUCGCUAGCAUCAAAUCCGGUUUCCAGGCCGUCACGUCCAAGAGAGCGGCGAUCCGAGCGAAAGCGACGUAGAACCAAACCAACCAUUAGGCUGCAAUAUUUUAUUUAUAUUAGGGUAUUUGUAAUUUCGCGUUCUAGAUUCACAUUUUACCUAAUUUCUCCGGCAUAUAAAAUUGUGUACUCUACACCUCGGAAGUAUUUUUUUAUAAUAAAUGAUUUCCGAAAA